AACCAAAUGCAAAUAUACAAAUAAUGAGAAAACAUUUCUCAAACACGUGUGUAGUUCGAGUGUGUGCUUUUUUAGAAAGCCUAAAGUAAAUUGUAAAUGUGGUUUAACAAACAGAAGACCUAUUGCCAUCAAGAUUUAAUAAAGCAAAUUUAAUUUUGUCAAAGUAAGCCGCAAUUUUCGAUCCUUGGAAUCUAUAAAAAGGCAAUAAUUUAGCACUCAAAAGAAAGCAACAGCUUGGCAGUGGGAAGGCGAACAACAGCAAAUCCAGAGGGUUGUUGUUGUGGUUAAGUGAGCCGCACAGCUUUAGAAUGAAAUGGAGAUGCAAAGCGACUCUGGUCAUGGACCAACGACACCAUCAGCAGCGGCAGCGGCAACAACAGGAGCAACAUUCAUACCGAGCACUUUCAAUUGUCGCCUGGAAGAGGCGGCUUGGCCUGAGGUCUGGCAGCCGUUUAUUAACUGCAAAGCGUAUCAGGCUACUAGCUAUCCCCCAGAUAUCACACCCACCAGCAACAGUAGCGGCAACGGCAGCAACAUCCUCAUCAACAGCAACAGCAGCCAUACAUUCCAGUGCACCAAGCAGACAUUCAAUCGAGCCGAGCAGACAGCAUUCUAUAGAUGCCAUGGCAUGGGAUGGGAGCCAGAGGCGGAGGCGGAGGCCUGCACGUCGAGGCUAAAUGCACGACUGUUGCGAGUGGUCCAUGAGGCGUAUGAGCAAUUUCGACUGGUAAUCAAAGAGGCCCUCAGUGAUAAUGCGAGUGAUACAGUUAGCUAUAGUUCGAACUGCAGCAGGCUUAGUGAGGAUGAGGAUGGGAAUGGGGAAGAAGACGAGCUCUUCUGUGAGGUGGGCCAGCAGCAGGACACAUUUCUAUGCCACAUGCAGCAGCGGGAACGGGAGCGGGUGGAGGAGCAGGGUUCGGACGAUAGUCUAUUGGAUGCCUUCACCAGCGGUGACUUUCAAAUUGAGCUAGGCAACGGACAGGAGGACGCUCUCUGGUCCUUUCUCAACCUAAGCGAUGUAAUGGGCCCCGCCAACGACACAUUCAGCCUCAUCAAUGGCAGCAGCAGCACCAGCACCAGCCUGGAUAUGAUUCUCUCCAACUACACCGCCCUGACCACAACCACAACAACCGCAGCCACCACCUCCACUGACAUUGUAAUCUCAAAGAGCUUUCUAGACUAUAGUCCGCAUGGCUACGAUUGGCUCUUCCUGUUUGUGGUAUUCUUCAUCUUUGCCGGCGGACUGGGCAACAUUCUCGUGUGCCUGGCCGUCGCAUUGGAUCGCAAGCUUCAGAAUGUUACCAACUAUUUUCUCUUUUCGCUGGCCAUAGCCGAUUUGUUGGUCAGUCUGUUUGUGAUGCCCAUGGGAGCGAUACCAGCGUUUUUGGGCUAUUGGCCACUUGGUUUUACCUGGUGCAACAUUUAUGUGACCUGCGAUGUUCUGGCCUGUUCAUCGAGCAUCCUGCACAUGUGCUUCAUCAGCCUUGGGCGAUAUCUGGGCAUACGGAAUCCGCUUGGGUCCCGUCAUCGAUCUACGAAACGUUUGGCUGGCAUUAAGAUAGCCAUUGUCUGGCUGAUGGCCAUGAUGGUAUCCAGCUCGAUUACAGUUUUGGGUCUGGUCAAUGAAAAGAACAUCAUGCCGGAGCCGAAUAUCUGUGUCAUCAACAAUCGGGCCUUCUUUGUGUUUGGUUCACUGGUGGCCUUCUAUAUACCCAUGCUGAUGAUGGUCACCACCUAUGCCCUGACCAUACCACUGCUCCGCAAGAAGGCUCGAUUUGCUGCCGAGCAUCCAGAGAGUGAAUUGUUCCGAAGGCUGGGUGGACGCUUCACCAUAAGGCCGCAGCAUAGCCAGCAACAGUUACAGAUGCACAGCAGCUUCAGCAGCGGCAAUAACAAAUUCCUGGCCAUGAGUGACAGCAAUCGAAAUUUUAACAAUCCAGGAGGUGCUGGUGCCGGUGCCGGUUCCGAUCGAGAAGGUGGAACAAGAGGCAACAACAGCUUGGAGGCCAGCGAACGUCCAUUGAUGCAACAGAGAACGACAAGCAGCCGGAGCAUUGGAACUGUCAGCUUUCGCAAUGUGGCCAAUGGGGGAGGAGGGAGCAGCAGCGGAACUGGAGGAGGAGUUGCCACCAGAGGUGGCCUAAGUGGUCGCAACAGUUUCCGUUUUACUGGCGGCGGCAUCUUGCGUCAUUCGUCAACACCCGCCUCCGGCAGCAUUUCAGCCGGGUCUUCAAUACGAGCCAACAGGCCCCAUUCGAAUAGCUUCUGGCGCAAACACGGCGGCAAUCCCAAUCUAAUGGACAGCCAUCCGAAUCGACGAGCCUCUGUGCGUGUCAGCAUCUCCCAGCCACAAUUGGGUUACCCAACAAAUGGCAAUGGAGCAGGAGCUGGAGGCGGAGGCAAUAGCACAGCAGCUGCGACAACGAGCUGCACAACUCCUGGAGGCGGUGGAAAUGGCUCCAGCAUAGUGAGCAUAUCUACCAUACAGGGACAUGGACAGAACCACAACCAGAGCGGAGACGGAGGCGGGCGCGGAGGUGGCAAUCACCACCUGGAGCAGCAGGUGAGGUCUAUACCGACAGCGAAGCCUGACGAACGACAGCAGCGCCACAAAUUGCGUCCCUUUAAGUUUGCUUUAAAUCGUGUGGCCACGCCCACACUCAAUUUGCGGUUCCUUAACAAUCGCAGCAAACGAAAUAGUUUGUCUGCCAAUGCAGUGGCCACGGAGCAGAAGGCCACCAAGGUCCUGGGUCUAGUGUUCUUCACCUUUGUCCUGUGCUGGUCUCCGUUCUUCAUACUGAACAUCAUUUUUGCCGCCUGUCCCGGUUGCCAGGUACCCGAGCAUGUGGUCAACACCUGCCUCUGGCUGGGAUAUGUCUCCUCCACGAUCAAUCCCAUCAUCUAUACCAUCUUCAAUCGGACAUUUCGGGCGGCAUUCAUACGUCUGCUCAAAUGCAAUUGCGAGCGUUCUGGUCGACCUUUGCGCUAUCGCUCUGUGACCGAAGGACGCGGAGCCCUGAGCCUGUGCGCCCCAUCUGCUCUACCGUUGGCAAUCUCCUUUCAGGGCGCACCACUCAUGACGCCAUCCACUGCGAAUGCGACGCCGCUGAGUGAAUUUCAGGGCAGCUAUACAAUUGACGACGACGAAUGCUAAGAAGGAACCACCGACCCCACCAGCAUUCUCUCACCAUAAAAAAAUACGAAUUUAUAAUGAAGCGAAGAAGCUACAACAACAAAAACUUAGCUCGAACUUGAGGCAACUGUACUUUUAGCUGCUUAUUAAGCAAAGAACUGCAGGGUGAUCCAUGCGUAACAAAAACCAAAAACUCCAAACACAAUCAAUGCGACAACAACUGAUGGCUUUUGCGGCAACUGUACCUACAGCAAGAGUAACAAAAAAACCUUUAACUUUUAACUUUAACAAAAACUCAUCAUAUCGUUGUAUGACAGACGGCAAGAGAUACAUAGAUAGAGGAAAGACCAACAGGAAUAGAGAGUGAGAGAGAGAGAGAGAAAGAUAGCGAGUGUGUUUAUGAUGAAGUGACUGUACCUGUGUUUUCAUUUCCAUGCCAACAUUUUCUAGCUUUAAUCGAACACACACACACUGUAUUUGUAGCGUUAAGCCUAAAGCCUAAGCCUAGACUAAACAUAACUUUAAAUGAUUAAAGGAAAGGAAUACCUAAAAUUAAUUUUUAACUUAAGUGAGUUGAAAAAGCAUUGAGAAACCUAUUGAAAUUACCUGUGUAGCAGCUGUGUUUGUUAGUCAUUAGAAUGCUAAGCCUCUAAAUAGUUUAAGAAGUACAUAGUUCGAUUAGUAUGCCUACACUUCCCACUCGAUGCCUAUUCCAAUGUCCAGGCAGCCUUGCUGUUUCCCUAGUUCCCUUAGUCCUGUGUAUGUCUGUGUAUGUCUAUAUAGUGUCUAAGUUUAAUGUUAAAUGCAAUACUUGAUAUAUAUUAUAUAUUAAAUGGAAAUAUACUAUUUCUC